GACUGAAAUUAAUAGAAGAAAAGGGACUAAUUUUACUUGGUAUGGGUGUUAUUUCUGGAUGUUAGAACAUUGAAAUAAAUGUCUCAAUCAUAUCUGUUUCCUAGAGGAAAUCUACAGUUGGUAGCUAAUACCCAAAUUGUAGACUGUGGAGGGAACGGUGGGUUCUACAGUAUUUAUGCAGUAUUACAGACUCUGUGUCCCAACUCCUGAGCCGAGACACAAGUCUAGGUAAAUGCCCCAAGAACCUGAAUGAUUUAAUUUGUAAAAGGAGAAAAUAAGAUGAGUAAGUACUUCACAGGCUCUUGGGGACAAAAAACACAGUAAUGCAAUAAAACAAUUGCUUAGAAGCUGCCAGAUUAAUGUAAGAUUUGUUACUACUCUACUACUACUGUUAAUAAUUACUAAGUUUAACAAGCACCAUUUUGUUGAUUUUGAACUCAGGCAAUUUGGUAGAGAAAAGUAAGAAGAAAAUUGGCCUCCCUUUUGAAUAGGGAGGCUAAUUGUGUUUUGUGGUACAAACAGAAUUCCCUUAUCUGUCUGGUGUCCUAGGUAUUCAGUGUCACUUGAACACAGUGACUUUCAUUUACCAAAGAAAUGAAAGUCCCACUUCCCACUUGCCUCUGCUCUCUUUUCAUUUAUUCAACAAAUAGAUUUGAGGUCUUCACUUGUACCAGCCACUGCACUGGUCCUUGCUUCAUUCUGACCACAAAUAGGCUCAGUCACAGGUAUAUUUUGUCUUAAUUGUACAGUUUAAAAAUUUUACACAGAUGGAGCUCAGCAUUCAUUUGCCAGUGAAGGUAGAAAUUGACAGAAAUAUAUGUUAAUGCAAUGUGUGGCAAAUUUGUUGUAUAUCUACAUUAAAUCACCAAACUCACUUUCAAAGUUGUCUGCAGCUCCAUCACUCCAGAACAUGGGAUUUUUAAUAAGCUGAAUAUUAUUAUUAGUCUUGGGAUUAUUAUAAGAACAUAAAAUAUAUUUGAAACUUGGAAAUUCUACUUGAAAUAUUACUGCGCCAUAAGCAUUUCUAAACUCUUCCCAGAAAGUGGAGCCAAUAUUUCCUCUUGUUGAUAAGGACUUAUAAAUCUUAACAUUUAACAUGUAAGAAAAUGAAAAGCUCCAAAAUGUAAUCUGCCUGAUAGAAAUUUUAGGAGAAACUACCAAUUCUCUUAAGAAAGUUCAGGCGUAUUUUUUUCCUACUGUUCUUAAUAAUUUAUUUUGUAUGUCUUUUAAUAUUCUAGUUUAAAUCACAUUUAUGUAAUAUUUCUCCUCAUUGACUGAUUAUGACCUUCUUAAGUGUAACCAAGUUUAAUUUUUUUUUGUCUUCAUCAUUGAACACAGAUAUGUACUGUGAGCAGCAAGAUAGGGGACAGAACAUUACAUGGAGUCAGAGACUUCUCAGUGUUGUUCAGUUUUCCUUUAUGCAUCUCUUUUUCCAUAAAAACUUGACUGCUGUAGGCAAUAAAGCAGAUAAUGCUUGCAAAACAAUGAAUGCCUUGUCUUGUAAGUGGCUGUGACCUUCUAAAUGCUAGUUCUGUUCCCCGAUAUUUGAAACAAAUGGCAGGAACUAUAAGGAGAUGAAGUUGAAGAAGCAUGUACUAGAUAAAACAGAGAUGGAAUUCUCUACGAAACUCUGCUUAUCCACAGUUAAAAUUGGAAAUAUAAAUUAUACUUAUAUUUAUAUACUCUUAUUUGCUUAAAUAUAUAUUUACGUAGAAUUUGCAUCAGGACAUCUCAUGACAUUGAACUUUGGCAAACUUACUAUUAGUAACUGAUUGUUUUAACCCACAAUAUAUUCACCGAAAGACAAGUUGUGAAUUCUUUUUCUUUCAAAGAAUAUAUUUAAUUGAAGGAAUCUUAUAAUCCUCAAAUCUACAAUUCCAUAACAUCUCCUCUUAUUAGCACAACUGGAUUGCAUACAUGGCUGUGCAUGCAGGUGUGUAUGCACACACAGACAAAAACAUAAACUUACAUGCAGCAGAAGCUCACUAAACAUUAAUAUCAGGUGGUCAUAUUGUAUGACCAUAUUGCAGUCUAUUAAUUACAAAGCUCUCCUUGCUUAUCUAGGUGAAACUUUAUGGACAACUCCACCUGGGUGGCCAACUAUACUGGACAGUUGGAUUUCAUCCUCAUGGGACUCUUCAGUCAAUCCAAGCACCCAGCUCUCCUUUGGGUGGUCAUUUUUGUGAUUUUCCUGAUGGCCUUGUCUGGUAAUAGCAUCCUGAUCCUUCUGAUACAUUCUAAUGCCCAUCUUCAAACUCCCAUGUAUUUUUUUAUUAGUCAGUUGUCUCUCAUGGAUGUGAUGUACAUUUCUGUCACUGUGCCAAAGAUGCUCAUGGAUCAGGUCAUGGGUGUGAAUGAGAUUUCAGCCUCUGAAUGUGGAAUGCAGAUGUUUCUCUACUUGACUCUAGUAGGUUCAGAAUUUUUCCUUCUGGCUGCCAUGGCCUAUGACCGCUAUGUGGCCAUCUGUCAUCCACUCCGUUAUUCUAUUCUCAUGAGCCAUAGAGUGUGUCACCUCUUGGUGUCUGGCUGCUGGUUCCUGGGAUCAGUGGAUGGCUUUAUGCUCACACCAGUCACCAUGACCUUCCCCUUCUGCAAAACCAGGGAGAUCCAUCACUUCUUCUGUGAGGUCCCUGCUGUAAUGAAGCUUUCCUGCUCAGACACUUCCCUGUAUGAGACACUCAUGUACCUGUGCUGUGUCCUCAUGCUCCUUAUCCCUGUGACAGUUAUUUCAAGCUCUUAUUCAUUCAUCCUCCUCACCAUCCACAGGAUGAAUUCAGCAGAGGGCAGGAAGAAGGCUUUCACUACUUGUUCUUCCCACAUGACUGUGGUCAUCCUGUUCUUUGGAGCUGCCAUCUAUACCUACAUGCUCCCCAGUUCCUACCACACCCCUGAGAAGGAUAUGAUUGUAUCUGCAUUUUACACCAUACUCACUCCUGUUCUUAACCCUUUAAUCUAUAGUCUUAGGAAUAAGGAUGUCACAGGGGCUCUAAAGAAAAUGUUAAACAUGGGCUCUGUCACAAUACUGUAA